GGUUAUCCCUUGAAAAUAUGCAAAUUUUUGCUCGGAACUGAUUUAUGUUCUUGAUUCUGCAUUUGCCAGCUCUUCAACAAGCAGUUGAACCCAGCCAUGGCGAAUGAUGACAUUCUGACGGAUGACUACGUCGCAGGCCUGUUGGCCAAAGAUGCGAAAGAGACCUCGAUCAGAUAUUCUUCGAUGGGCUUAGAAGCUUUUAAGCAGUCCAAACCUCCAGCUAAUAAGCCUAAACCAAAUACACGAUUCUUGCGAAAUAUCGUGAAGGAUGCAGAUAGCCACAACGCAGCUCUAUUGGCAAAAGAAGCUGCAGAGUCCCGUGCUCGACUUCAAGGACUUACUAGCAGCGGGGGUCGUGAAGCGCGGGCAAGUCGAAUAGGCGGAGGCGAUAUCAGGAGACGGCAGUUGGGAGACAUCGCAGCUAUUCUAGGAGGCAGGUCGAAUAAGCGGAGGAAGACUGAUGAUCCGAAGAAGAAUGAUAAGGAAUCAAGGCAUGCGAAUAGUUCUGGUGAAGAGCCGGAAAGAGGAAUCGAAGCCCACAAGAGCAGUGAACGCAAGAUCAGGGACGAGGACAGGGAAGAUAGGGGAAGAUCCAGGAGUCACAGGAAGCGUGGGGAGAGCAGUGAAGAGACGGAGGAACACCAAGACUAUAGCAGUCGUCGGAGGUCUCAAAGGAGCAUCUCAUACGACCGAGAAGGUGAUAGGGAGCACAGAAAACGACAUAGAAGCACCUCAAGGGAUCGAAGAAGGCACAGGGAUGGCCAUAGAGAGAGGGCAUCACGUUCACGUUCACGUUCGCCAAGAGAGCAUCGACAUAGGGAAUCGAAACAUCAUCACAGAUCUUCCAAGCGGAGGCGGUCGAGAUCACCAGAACCGGACAGAGAAAAGUCUUAUCGAUCCCACAGACACCGACGACGUUCUCCCUCGGUUGAAGAUGGAGAUUCAGAGAUGAACGAGAAGAUACCAAAGAAGCCAGACUACGAUUCAGACCCACUGGACGAGAUAAUUGGUCCACAACCACCACCAGCCCCUCAAGUACGGUCUCGUGGCCGAGGCACCUUAUCCCUGGGUUCUGGCAUCGACGCACGGUUUUCUGCAACAUAUGAUCCAAGCGUUGACGUACAGCUUGAUCCAGACGAGGAGAAUGACUGGGAUCAAGCGCUGGAGGCAUUGCGGGAUCGUCAGAAAUGGAAGCAGCAAGGCGCGGAUCGAUUGAGAGCUGCAGGCUUCACGGAAGAUGAAAUAAGAAAAUGGGAGAAGGGCGGAGAGAAGACGGAAGAGGACGUAAAGUGGGCGAGGCGUGGAGAAGGCAGGGAAUGGGACAGAGGAAAGGUUGUUGAUGAUGAUGGAAUCGUGACUGUCGAUCCAGGUUGGGGAAGGUUAAAGGGUACUUGAAUAAUGGAAGGGAAUAUGGUUACUGUGAUUGUAGUUUUACUGGUUCUCCAAACCCUGUAAUUACAGACCCCCAAGUAAAGAGCUUUUCGGGGGCCUCUGUAUCCAUAAGUGGAUUACAUGCACGCCAGAUUUUCC